GGGGGCGGUGCCGCCGUGCGCCGGGAGCCGGGAGGCGGCCGAGGAUGGCGGCGGCGUCGCCGUCGCGGGAGCUCACGCAGAACCCGCUGCAGAAGACGUGGGAGCCGUACGACAACGGGCUGCCGGCGGGGCACAGCGCCCAGCGCGGCGUAUGUAUGACCAACUGCCCUACGCUGAUUGUCAUGGUGGGUCUGCCAGCAAGAGGAAAAACCUACAUCUCGAAGAAGCUGACACGAUAUUUAAAUUGGAUUGGAGUGCCUACAAAAGAAUUUAAUGUUGGUCAGUAUCGUCGAGAUUUGGUGAAGAAAUAUAAAUCUUUUGAAUUCUUCCUGCCUGACAAUGAAGAAGGAUUGAAAAUCAGGAAACAGUGUGCCUUAGCAGCGCUGAAUGAUGUCCGACAGUACCUCAGUGAAGAAAACGGGCACGUGGCUGUCUUUGAUGCUACAAAUACAACUCGAGAACGUAGAGAAACUAUUUACAAAUUUGGAGAAGAAAAUGGAUAUAAGACGUUUUUUGUUGAGUCAGUAUGCGUAGAUCCAGAGGUCAUUGCUGCAAACAUUGUGCAAGUGAAGCUGGGUAGUCCAGAUUAUGUUGAUUGUAGUAACGAUGAAGCAACUGAAGAUUUCAUGAAAAGAAUAGAAUGCUACAAGAACUCAUAUGAGACGUUAGAUGAAACUCUUGACAAGGAUCUUUCUUAUAUUAAAAUUAUGGAUGUUGGAAGGAGUUACCUUGUGAACAGAGUGAUGGAUCACAUCCAGAGCCGGAUUGUCUACUACCUCAUGAAUAUCCAUGUGACUCCUCGGUCAAUCUACCUCUGUCGACAUGGAGAAAGUGAACUCAAUCUGAAAGGGAGAAUAGGAGGAGACCCUGGACUGUCUGUCAGGGGUAAAGAAUUUGCCAAGAGCUUGGCACUGUUCAUUAAUGAGCAAAAUAUCAAGGAUCUGAAAGUUUGGACCAGUCAGAUGAAAAGGACAAUUCAGACUGCUGAAGCUUUGGGAGUGCCUUACGAACAGUGGAAGGUUUUGAAUGAGAUAGAUGCAGGAGUGUGUGAAGAAAUGACAUAUGAAGAAAUACAGGAAAAUUACCCACUUGAGUUUGCACUGAGAGACCAAGACAAAUACAGAUACAGAUACCCUAAAGGAGAGUCCUAUGAAGAUCUUGUUCAGAGACUGGAGCCGGUAAUUAUGGAACUUGAAAGGCAGGAAAAUGUGCUUGUCAUAUGUCACCAAGCUGUCAUGCGCUGUUUGCUUGCAUAUUUUCUUGACAAGCCUGCAGAGCAACUGCCUUACCUGAAGUGCCCGCUACAUACUGUCUUAAAGCUAACCCCAGUGGCUUAUGGAUGUAAAGUAGAAUCUAUAUUCCUGAAUGUUGAAGCUGUAAACACACACAGAGAUAAACCUGAGAAUGUAGACAUUUCCAGACCUCCUGAGGAAGCUCUUGUAACAGUCCCUGCUCAUCAGUGAAUCCUGUGUCCUGAUCAACUAUCGAACUUGGGAAUGUAGGCGUGGACCGAUCGAGAGAAGAAGCUCUGAGGACAGUACCUAACCAUCUAUAGCUGCAGUUCCUGGUGGCAGCAGCCCUUCCUCCACCGCGACAGCGUUAAGUAGCAGCUCGGGUCCCUGAGAACAGAGACAGCGUGCUGAACGCUGAGCAAGUUGGAACAAAUGCGCCUCCCCUUCACUUUGAGACAUUUCGAAUGUGAUUCAGCUUCUUUGGAGGAAACCUGUAGUUCUGGUUAACUCCCAGUGCCGAAAGGUAUUGGUUAAAAAAAAAA